AUGUCUCGACCUUCUCAGGCCCAGCGGCCUUUGUCCCUCACCGAAGAACUCGAGAAGUUGGAACAAUCUAUCACCCUGACGCUCCAAGAGAUCGACCACAACUUCAGCCAAGCUCAUCGGAUUGUUACUACGAGUAUUUUACCUCUUGUGGAACAAUACACAGAGCAUUCCCGGGAUGUCUGGGAGGGUUCCAAGUUCUGGAAGCAAUUCUUCGAAGCUAGUGCCAACGUAUCUCUGUCCGGCUACGAGGAACGUAACAAUAAUGAAGACACCGUGCAGGAGCCUACAGCUACGGAGGAGGAACUGUCCGCCGACAUAACCCAGAGCACCAGCCUGGAUGAGACGAUAUCACAAGAGUCGCCCUCUUCUCAGCGCCUUGGCACCCCACGCCAUGAUCAUGGAGGUGAUCUGGAUCUGACGGAUCUUGCAAUCUCCUCCCACAGCACUCCACGCGCUCAGACCCAACAUCAUCCGGCCGAUGACGAUAUCACGACAUCCUCCAUGGACUACUCCUCAUCCUACGAGAACCUGAGGAAACAAGUCAAUGAGUCAGAAGCCCCGUUCCAUACCCAAGACUCGUCAACUCUCCCAUCCACCCCAGGCCGACAGCCAUUUUUCCCGCGCGGCGUGUCUGCCAACACCCCGAUGUCAUCGCCGUUCAUCCCCCCUGCGUCUUCCGUUCGCCAGCCAACCACCCAAGACCGUCGAUACCAGAAGACUUCAGACCCGGUCCUGCACCAAAUGCUCGACAAGACUUACCGAGUGCAAGCUACACCCCUUGGAAAGGGAUUCCGUAACGUCGGCGGAGGCACAAAUACCCGAUCCAAGUUCAACAUCACCCCGAAGCCUGCCGAGUCUACCUCCCGAUAUGGAUAUGACGACUCCCCGAUUUCCAGCCCGGAACCCGAGGUGCCUCAGCUUCACUCGGAGAUCUUCUCCUCUCCUAUCAAGGGUUUCGAUACCCCGGGCACGAACCGCAAGAGACGGACAAGCAGCAAUCGCAUGCGCGGGAUUCCUAAACCUGGCACGAGCGUGUUGACACCUGCCAAGAAGUCUGCAGGCAAGUCGGCCAUGUGGGAUAGCGAUGAUGACCUGGAUUAUGACGAUGAUGAUCUUGGACCCAGUCCGCCAAAGACGAUGCAAUUUCAUAUUCCUCAAAGUCGACUCAUGAGGACUCCUGCCAAGGAAGCUUCUAAGCGCAUUGUUACUGAUUUGCUCGCUACUGCGGGAGCUGGUGACAUUACAGAUGACUUUGAUGACGAUCAGAGCCCAAGCGUGAUCCGUCGUAUGGAACGGCUGGAGGAUGAAACUUUUUAA